AUGUUCUCCUUCACCCUCGUCGCCGCAGCCCUUGUGGCCUACGCCCACGCCAACCCCAUCGAGGCUUCCGCCUCGGACGCCUCCGCCUCGGACCUGGCGGCCGCGGCUUCAUUCCCGAAGCUCGACUUCACCUCCUCCCUCGCGCCCCUCCCCACGAGCGCGGAAAACGGCACGCUCCCCUCCGACUCCUUCCAGGGCCCGUCCACCGACCUCGGGGAGGCGAUCUUCCCCGCGACGCUGCUCAUCUGCCCGUCGUUGAACUGCGCGAACUGCCUGUCGUACGACCUGCUGACGACCCCCAUGAACACAUGCUUUCGCACGACGCCGUUCGUGAGCAUGGCGAUCGUCCAGCCGAGCAACGAGGGCCUGCCAUUCGGGGUGUUCGUGGGCCCGCCGGGGUGCCACGACUUCUUGAAGAUCCCGGCCGUCAACAUUUGCGUCAACGUGAUCAGCGGGGGGCCGUUCAACGACUUCGCGCUCGUAUCGUGA